GAGAAGACUGGCAAGACGAAUUUUGGCUUCUCCUCCCAAAAUAAGAUUGGAAGGAAAGUGAGCUCCCCCGCCACUCCCCCUCCCCCGCCAAGAAAGGAGUUGCAAGGAGAAGGAGGCUGGGGGGCGCAGUUCACGGAUUCCGUGGCAGCGCAGAGGCCACGGCCGAACAUUCUCCAUGAGGAGGGGUAGAAGAUGCCGGCUUUGCCCGCACUGCUGCUGCUGCUGAUACUCGGCUUCGCCCAUGAGAGCCUGGAGCUGUUGUCCUCUCUGCGCAUGGCUGCCAUUUUGGAUGACCAGACAGUGUGCGGCCGCGGGGAGCGACUAGCCUUAGCUUUGGCCCGCGAACACAUCAACAGCAUCAUCGAAGUGCCCGCCAAAGCCCGGGUAGAGGUGGAGAUCUUUGAACUGCAACGGGACAGCCAGUACGAGACCACCGACACCAUGUGCCAGAUUCUGCCCAAAGGUGUGGUUUCAGUUCUGGGUCCGGCAUCCAGCCCAGCCUCUGCCUCCAUCGUCAGCCACAUUUGUGGAGAAAAAGAGAUCCCCCACGUUAAGGUGGGUCCCGAGGAAACACCCAAAUUGCAGUACCUGCGCUUUGCUUCAGUCAGCCUCUACCCCAGCAACGAGGAUGUCAGCCUGGCGGUGUCUUGCAUUCUGAAGUCCUUCAACUAUCCCUCAGCAAGCCUCAUCUGUGCCAAGGCUGAGUGCCUGUUGAGACUGGAGGAAUUAGUGCGCCAGUUCCUCAUCUCCAAGGAAACCCUGUCGAUCCGGAUGUUGGAUGACACCAACGAUCCCACGCCGCUGCUCAAGGAGAUCCGAGACGACAAGAUUUCGACCAUUAUUAUUGAUGCCAAUGCUUCCAUCUCUUACCUCAUUCUGAGGAAGGCUUCAGAGUUGGGGAUGACGUCUGCCUUCUACAAGUACAUCCUGACAACCAUGGAUUUUCCGAUCUUGCACUUGGAUGGAAUAGUGGAUGAGCAUUCCAAUGUCCUGGGCUUCUCCAUGUUUAACACCAGCCACCCUUUCUACAUGGAAUUUGUCCGUAGCCUCAACAUGUCAUGGCGGGAGAACUGUGAACUCAGUCCUUACCCGGGACCGGCGCUAUCAGCAGCACUCAUGUUUGACGCGGUACACGUGGUCGUGAGUGCGGUGCGGGAGUUGAACCGUAGCCAAGAGAUUGGGGUUAAACCCCUGGCUUGCACAUCGGCUAACAUCUGGCAGCAUGGGACCAGCCUCAUGAACUACUUGCGCAUGGUAGAGUAUGAUGGGCUGACGGGACAUGUGGAGUUCAACAGCAAGGGUCAAAGAACCAAUUAUACCUUGAGAAUUCUGGAAAAAGCUCGACAUGGACAUCGGGAGAUUGGGGUGUGGUACUCCAACAGAACUCUUGCAAUGAAUGCCACAACUCUGGACAUCAAUGUCUCAGAGAGCCUUGCCAACAAGACUUUGGUGGUCACCACCAUCUUGGAGAACCCUUAUGUGAUGCGUCGCGCCAAUUUCCAGGAACUGUCUGGCCCUGCACAGUAUGAAGGCUUCUGCGUGGAUAUGCUUCACGAGCUUGCUGACAUCCUGAAGUUCCGCUUCCAGAUAAAACUGGUGGAUGAUGGUCUCUAUGGGGCACCUGAACCUAAUGGAUCUUGGACUGGCAUGGUGGGAGAACUCAUCAGCAGGAAAGCCGAUCUGGCAGUGGCUGCCUUUACCAUUACAGCUGAACGGGAGAAGGUCAUCGACUUCUCCAAGCCCUUCAUGACCUUGGGGAUCAGCAUCCUCUACCGUGUCCACAUGGGACGCAAACCAGGGUAUUUCUCCUUCCUUGACCCCUUCUCCCCAGCUGUUUGGCUUUUCAUGCUUCUAGCCUAUCUCGCAGUCAGCUGUGUCCUCUUUCUAGCUGCCCGGCUGAGCCCUUAUGAAUGGUACAACCCUCAUCCUUGUCUCCGGGAACGUCAUAACAUCCUGGAAAACCAAUACACGCUAGGCAACAGCCUCUGGUUCCCGGUUGGAGGCUUCAUGCAACAGGGAUCAGAAAUCAUGCCCCGUGCUCUUUCUACCCGCUGCGUCAGCGGGGUCUGGUGGGCUUUCACGCUGAUCAUCAUCUCCUCCUACACGGCCAACCUUGCUGCCUUCCUCACCGUACAGCGGAUGGAGGUGCCUAUAGAAUCGGCGGAUGACUUGGCGGAUCAAACCAACAUUGAAUAUGGCACCAUCCAUGCCGGCUCCACCAUGACCUUUUUCCAGAAUUCUCGAUAUCAGACUUACCAGCGGAUGUGGAAUUACAUGCAUUCAAAGCAGCCUAGUGUCUUCGUCAAGAGCACGGAAGAGGGAAUUGCUCGGGUGCUGAAUUCGAAAUAUGCCUUUCUUUUGGAGAGCACUAUGAAUGAAUAUCAUCGGAGGCUCAACUGUAACCUUACCCAGAUCGGGGGGCUACUAGAUACCAAGGGCUAUGGCAUUGGGAUGCCCCUGGGUUCUCCAUUCCGGGAUGAGAUCACCCUUGCCAUUCUGCAGCUUCAGGAAAACAACCGACUGGAAAUCCUGAAACGCAAAUGGUGGGAAGGAAGCAAGUGCCCGAAAGAGGAAGAUCAUCGGGCCAAAGGGUUGGGUAUGGAGAACAUUGGAGGUAUCUUCGUGGUGCUGAUCUGUGGACUCAUCAUUGCUGUCUUUGUGGCUGUCAUGGAAUUUGUAUGGGCCACACGCCGCUCAGCUGAGCAUGAAGAGAUCUCGGUUUGCCAAGAGAUGCUGAGGGAGCUGCAUCAUGCGGUUUCUUGCCGCAAGCCGAGCCGCUCCCGCCGGCGCCGCCGCCACUACCCCACGCGCGGAGCCCUGUCGCUGCGAUCUGUCCGGGAGAUGCGCCUUAGCAACGGCAAACUCUAUUCGGGGACUUUAGUGACAGAGCCGGGCCCCCAGCGCCUCCUGGAAGAUCCCCCCCGGCCUUGUACCCAUGUCCGCAUCUGCCACGAGUGCCGGCGCAUCCAGACACUUCGGGGAGCACCCCCGCCACCCCGGGCGCCCCCGCCGCCUGAAGAAGGCACUCCACGAAGGGGAGUCCCCCGCGAACUCAGCGAGCAGGAGUGACCGCUCCCCGCCCUUGCUUUUUGACCCCCCUUGUUGACCUUGCCUUCGCUCACUGGCGGAGGUGCUUCCUGUUAGAGAUGUACGCUAUGCGUAUGCCCAGAACUAGGGACCCAAGACUGGGAGGACCCCCCCCCCCCCACACACAGGGAUCCCUGCCCUUGUGGGCUGGGGAAGUUCUUGCAGCUCUCCUCCCAAGUGUGCUGGAGAAGGAAACCCACCACUCGUCCCAAAACACAGGGGAGGGAGUCCCUUUUUUGUGCCACCCUCCUGUAUGGGAAAGAGAUACUCACGCCUGGCCCAUUCUCUCCUCCCCAGCCCCCACCCAAAUUUCACCACUGGGUGGAUGGAUCCACGGUCCCUGCCUGUGGCACUACAGGGAAAGAGCAGAAUCUUGCUGUGGGGUGAAGAGAGAACAGAAUGAUCUACCUUUGCAAGAAGAGC